GGGGAGACAGGUACGUAUGUACAUUAAAAAAUAAGAUAGGUUAAAGAUUUGUGGUAUUGUCCGGACUUUUUCCUUUAUUGCAUUCACUGAAAAAUUUAAAUGUCCUGGCCUUGUUCCCAAAAAUGGAUAAAUAAGCACUUGCUUCACUUAUAGGAAAGAGUUCCUUAGAACAAUUGCGUUGUUUGAGACACGACAUAUUGGAGCCAAAUCUCAAGUGGUAUGUUCUUCUGAAACACCUAUUCCGGGGUCAACACGCGGAACACUUCAAUCGUUCUCAAUUUGCUUAUCUAUCCUCAGAUUUCGCUUCGUAUGGGUAUAAAAGGGAGACAUUCGCAUAUUGCUUCAUUCAUUGUGUUUCUUCUUAAGAAAUAUGAAGUCUUUGUUUGUUGUCGCUGUCCUGAUCCUGGUAGCUGAUGCCUCUCUCAAGGAAGAAUGGCAACAGUUUAAGCUGGAUCAUGGAAAAACGUACAGAAGCAUAGUAGAAGACACAUUGCGCUACUCCAUCUUCCAAUACAAUGUGCGCAAAAUCAAGGAACACAAUGAACAAUAUGAGAUGGGAACAGUAAGUUAUGCUCUGAAAGUAACCCAAUUCGCAGACAUGACGAAACAAGAAUUCGUGGAUCUUCUGAAGACUCGGAGAAGAAGUUUUAAUAAUACGAAACAAGGCGAAGUUUUUGACCCCACUGGCAUUGAAGCAGCCAGCUCUAUCGAUUGGAGAAAAAAGGGAGCAGUUACUGAAGUUAAAAAUCAAAUGAUGUGCGGUUCCUGCUGGGCAUUUAGUGCUGUUGGGGCUAUGGAAGGCCAGAUUUUCCUCAAGAAAGGGUCUCUGGACUCGCUGAGUCCCCAGAACCUAGUUGACUGUGCCAUUGGCCAGUACCACAAUGCUGGAUGCAACGGAGGAAUGAUGGAUAAUGCUUUCCAAUACGUCAUCAAGAAUGGAAUCGACACUGAAAAAGAAUACCCUUACAGGGGUGUAGACGAAAAGUGCCAGCAGAAAGAACAUGCCCACAAAUUCAGCAAAUAUGUCGACAUCCACCCUAAGGAAGAAGAUAUUUCUAAGGCUUUGUGUAAGUUUAUUACCUUUGAAAACGUGAUCAUUAAAAUAAAACUGUCAUUCUAACGAAUUCGAACAUUAAAGGGUUUUUGCGACUUUUUGAUGGGUACCAGAGCAUUUUCGAUAAAAUUACUAAUCUACUAAAUGACAAAAAAAUUAGUUACGCGAAGUAGUACUUUUAUAUCGUCAUUGUACCGGAUGACCUAGCACAUCGGCUGCAUCUCGGCAACCACUGAGCUAGGGUAUUGUUAAAAAAGUAGGACAAACAUAGUAAAGACAAAUUGACUGUUCGAGUAUCAUAAACAGUUUGCACCUCAAGCUCAAAUAAAUUUUUAUUUAUGAAAAAAAUAUAAGACACUCAUUCACAUAGAUGGCAUACAUAGUCAUGAUUUUUUCAGUUUUAAACACCCCCCUGCAAGUUUCAUUGAAAUUUAGUCCCUUUAGCAGACGUAUUGGUCUUUUUGGAACAACAAAAUUUUUUUGAAUAAACCUAUUGCAUCCCCAAAAAAUAAUCCCAUACUUUAGAACACUUUCAAAAUUAGCAUGGUACAAUAUUUUCAUACUCGUAUUAUUUAGAUAUCUUGAUAUCACCCUAAUUUGAAUUGAGCCUCUUCAGCAGUUCGAAUACAUGUGUUGUCCAAUCUAAAAAUUCAUCAAUAUAGAUGCCUAAGAAUUUUACACUUUCACUCAACUGAUGAUGAUCAUCUAUAUCGAUAUAUUGAGGCUUAACGACUUUACUCUGCUUAGUUCUAAAUAAUGUUGCAUCAGUUUUGGAUUUAUUCAGCACUAGUUUGUUCUCAGAAAACCAUGUAUUCACACUUCUGAAUAAGAGAUUCCCAUUAGCAGUUAGGUCCUCUACACUUGUCCCACCCAAUACUAAAUUUGUGUCAUCAGCAUAGCAGAUAAUUGUAUGCUUGCUCUGAUCACCACUAGUAACAAAACAGAGAUCGUUUAAAAAAACUACAAACAUAAUGGGCCCAAGUAUACUACCCUGUGCUAUGCCGGUUGAAGUCAACUCAAUGUUUGACUUGUGGUGUACUGCUUCUGAAAAGAUAAAUAUAAUGGUCAAUAUCAAGUGGAACAUGAUAUUUGUCAAAACAACUUUACCUGCUGUAUUUUCCUAACCCAGUUCUGAUCUGAACCUUUAUAUUAUUUAUACCUAACAUAUUAGCCUAUACUAUCUCAUUUUUUUAACUUAUUGCUGCUGUCAAUAAAGUCAAAUUUUAUCAAACAUUUUGAACGACUAUCUGGUGUCUUUGGUGAGGUUUGGCCGAUAUAGGCUAAAGAAUAUUUGUUUUGGGACUCAUUUAUAUCUUUAAUCAUAAUUUCGGACAUGUUUUCCAACACUCUUUUGGGUAGCCAAACCCUUAACUGCUCAGAAUCAGAAUCAAGAAGUGUUGCUACUAGACAUUGUCCAAACUUUGAUUGAAUACUUGAAAUAUUCUUACUAGGAUAAGGUUUGUUUACAAUUAAUGAUGAUAAUGUUCUAGAUGGUAUAUUGUUGUCAGAUUCGCAAUUUAUUUUAUUGUUUAUUUCAUGCAAGGCUGAGGUAGUGAUAGACAUUAUUAAAAAAUGAAUAUUGUGUUGGAUAAAUAAUAUAAAAGGAUGCUCACCAAAUUCUAUCUGUUAAGUACUUCAAGAAUAUUAUUUAGUCAGUUGUCGAUGUUAAAUGAGUGAAUUUGAAUGAUCAUAGUUGUUGUUCUUUCACCAAUUACAUAAUAACUAUCAGAGUUAGAUUACGUUACAGCACCGGCGCAUACAAGGCAUUUGAACAACCCCGAUAAAUUUUGGGUAGUCCACAAAAAAUAUACAGUCAACAUUUCUAUUAUACAGCACCGAACUGCUCAGAGGCUAUACAUUCGGCAUGGCCAUUGAGAGGACAACAAUACCUUAACCACACCUUCCAUCGACUCUUUUUCUAUUAUAAACGCGUUUAUGAUCGGGAAGAGAACCGCUAAAAUGUUUUAAAGUUCUUGAUAGGGGACUGAGACGUAUUACAAUUUGAAGGGGGGGGGGG